GUAGAGCCGCGCGCUCCCCCCCACAACAACAGGAACCGGAAGCGCUAAAACACCACCACAAUCCUUUCGUGCUUAUGUCUGAAGUCAGUUAGGAUACGUUAUUUUAAUCGAAUUAUUGUUGUCACUGCAACGACGUUUAAAACAUGCAUAGGUAGAGGUUGUCCAUCUGAUACAGCCUUUGAAGCGUGGAUUUCGUCAAUUUGGCUGAUUAACGCACAGGCGUUGACACAUACCGUACAACACAGGCAUUCGGUCAGUGCAGUGAAGUAAUAACACACGUCUAAUUGUGGCCGUCCAGAUGGCUAACAGCACCGCCACCACGGUGAAGCCCCUCAUGAUUCCUGGUCCUGCGGGACGAGCCAGCCCGGAGGUAUCGCAGGUCCUCACUAAGAAGAAGCUGCAGGACCUGGUGAGGGAGAUCGACCCAAAUGAGCAGCUGGACGAGGACGUGGAGGAGAUGCUGCUGCAGAUUGCCGAUGACUUCAUUGAGAGCGUGGUGACGGCAGCCUGCCAGCUGGCCCGCCACCGCAAGUCCAACACCCUGGAGGUGAAGGAUGUGCAGCUACACCUGGAGCGCCAGUGGAACAUGUGGAUCCCUGGCUACGGUUCAGAGGAGAUCCGGCCAUUCAAGAAGGCCUGCACCACAGAGGCACACAAACAGAGGAUGGCACUGAUCCGCAAGACAACCAAAAAGUAAAAAUGACGGCUCCACUGUACUCCGUACCCAUCCACCGGGAUCUUUCUAAUGUUUUCCUUGUUUUCAACAUGGCUUGUCCACCACGGAUGAUUCGAUGAUAGGGGGAGGUACAAUAAAAUAAGGUAUGGGUUGUGAACGACGAGGUUUGAACAGCCAGUGUUGCAUACUAUAAGAUGAUUGGUCACCCAGUGUAACAUACUAGGAGAUGAUUGGACACAGUGGGUUACAUACAAAAUAUGUAUGUGAUAAUAUUGGAUAGCUAGGGUAACGGGUAUUACGAUGGGAGGGUAUGGGGUAAAUAUGUUUCUUCUUCACCCAUUGGUUUUUCUCUUAAUGUUUAGUUGUUUUGCCAGUACUUUCACAAUCCCAUUCUUCUUUGUUUGGCAAAUUAUUUUUUACAUUGAGUACACAUGUAUGGGAUGGUGUGUUUUUUUUUUUUAUUAAGACUACUUUUGCUUUCAUGUUGUGUUUUGAUAUUGUUAGUAAGUGUAAGAAGAAUCGGUUUCCUUUAGUGGAAAAAAAAAAAUCUUGCUGUUGAAAGUAUUUUACAAGUACCGGAUUAUUCGUUACAUAAUUGUUGUUUUGGCUAAUCUCCGCUCUUGUCCCAACCCAAAUAAUGUUUUUAGUUUUCUUUUUAAUUGUCAAAAUAAUACGUCAUUAAAAAUAGUUUUUUUUGUGUA